CUGGAAAAGGUACAGAGAAGGGGCAACAAAAAUGAUUAGGGGUAUGGAACAGCUUCCAUCAGAGGAGAGAUUAAUAAGACUUGGACUUUUUAGCUUGGGAAAGAAAUGACUAAGGGGGGGAUAUGACUGAGGUUAAUAAAAUCGUGACUCAUGUGGAGAAAGUAAAUAAGGAAGUGUUAUUUACUCCUUCUCAUAACACAAGAACAAGGGGUCACCUAAUGACAUUAAUAGGCAGCAGGUUUAAAACAAACAAAAGGAAGUAUUUCUUCACACAACGCACAGUCAACCUGUGGAACUCCUUGCCAGAGGAUGUUGUGAAGGCCAAGACUUUAACAUGGUUCAAAAAAGAACUAGAUAAGUUCAUGGAGAACAGGUCCAUCGAUGGCUAUUAGCCAGGAUGGGCAGGGAUGGUGGCCCUAGCCUCUGUUCGCCAGAGACUGAGAGUGGCCGACAGGGGAUGGAUCACUUGAUGAUUCCCUAUUCUGUUCAUUCCCUCCGGGGCAUCUGGCAUUGGCCCUGUUGGAAGACAGGAUCCUGGGCUAGAUGGACCUUUGGUUUGACCCACUGUGGCCGUUCUUAUGCCGAGACCUGCAGGCUACAGUGCGGGGGGGACGCUACCUCUUCAGACAGCAGCACGAUAUAACUAUUGUUGUGUAUGAAAGGGGGUGUGUCUCCUUAUGUGUUGCCACCUAGCCGCUGCCCUUGUGUACAGCAUACUAGACCCACCACUAGGAGAGGAUCCCCAUUAGGUCAAACAGAGAUGUGGGAGUUUCUGGCUUGGAAGCAUCAGGAUUCUAAUCCUGGCUCCCCAGUCCAAGGUUGUUACAGAUGGGGAAAGUGAGGCACAGAGUGGCUAAAGGACAUGCCCAUGGUCACACAGGGAGUCGGUGGAAGAGUGGGGAUUGAACCUGGGUCUCUGGAGUCUCAGCCUAGCAGGGCAACUGCACUGGGUAAAUAGGUGUGAGCUGGAGAAGUAAUAUAAGUGUCAGUGGGCUAAUAGGACAAGGAUGGGUUUGGAGUUAAGGCACUUGAGUGGGAUUCAGAAGAUCUGGGUUCAAUUCCCACCUUUGGCAGUGUGUGUGUCUGAGUCACUGCAUUGCUCUGUGCCUGAAUUUCCCCUGCCUCUUUGUGGCAGGGACUGUCUCGUGCUAUUUGUCUCUGGGCAGCGCCCGGCACACCAGUGCCCUGAUUUCAGCUGGGACCUCUGGGUGCUACCAUAAUACACAUAAGAAUAUUGGAUGAAACUGAUUCAACACAGUAUAUCCUCCUAGCAAUGGCUCUUUCCAGACCAGAUCCAAGGCCCCUUGGCAGGGAGUGUUGUGGGGGCUGACUCGGCUCUGGGAAUAUACUCGGGGUUGCUCAUCUGGAGGUCGGCUCUUGGCACUUAGAAAGGCAAUGAGUUAAUUAGAAGGGCAACAACCAGAUUCACAGAGGAUUCAGGACUCCUGGGCUCCACUCAGAGGGGAGUGGGGGCUACUGGGUUAGGGCAGGGGACUUGAGGGUUAUGAGAUCAGGCCACUGGCUUAUGACGUGGUGGGAAGCAGAGUUGCUAAUGAUCGUGUUUGAAACUGUGAUCAGUAGACUGGAGAAAUUGACCUGGAUAUCUAUUCUGGAGCAGCUCCCUGAGUCGGCAGUAAUCUGGAAUAAAAAUCAUUUUAUACUGGAAUAAUUACAGUGCUCAAACUCCUACUAAUGCAACCAUUACAAUACCCACAAACACACUGAUGCUCUAACCCAGUGGUUCUCAACCUGUUUAUCAUUGUGGGCUGCAUGUGUUACCUGGACCACAGGUUGAGAACCACAGCGUGCUCCCCUCAACCUGCCCCACAGACCCCUAUGCCCAGCGCCUCCCACCCAGAGACCCCUCCACAGCGUGGGGCCAGAAGCAGAGCCCUGGGCAGGGGACUGGGCAGCAGGAAACCCGGAACCCGCCGUGUGGGGCCGAGCAGCAGCCCUGACCCUGGACCUAGGGAAGCCCUGUGGCAGCCCCGGACCCCCGACCCUGCUGGGCCAGCUGGCAGCCUUUAGCACAGAGCUGCGCUGCAGCUGUGUGCUCACUGGGCCUUGGGUUGAGAACCACUGCUCUAACCACUCCCCUCCCAGAGCCAGGGGUGGAACCCAGGAGUCCUGAUGCCCAGCCCAGGUGCGCUGGCCACUAGACCUCACUCCCCUCCCAGAGCUGGGGUUAGAACCCAGGAGUCCUGGACACCCCCUCACCCCGCACUGCUGCUCUUGGUUUAUCUUUAUUAAUCUAAACAGGCUGAUUUGCAGACGUAACUCCACCUGCAAGAUUCCAGGAAGUGGCUGGGCCUGAAGGAGCUCAGCCCUCUUGCAAGUUUCUGUUUCUCUUGUGCGCCAUGGCAGUUGUUCACCCCGUGGAAGCUCUGGAAGAUCAUAGAAUAUCAGGGUUGGAAGGGACCCCAGAAGGUCAUCUAGUCCAACCCCCUGAUCUAGUCCAACCCCCAGAUGACCUGGCCUGUCCCAUCUGCUUGGAUUCCUUCCAAGACCCCGUACUCCUGACCUGCGGGCACAAUUUCUGCCAGGCCUGCAUCACCCAGGUCUGGAAAGGACUGGAAGAAAACGUCUCCUGUCCCAAGUGCGGGAAGAGAUUCCAGGAGAGGCAUUGGCACCCAAACCCCCAGUUGGGGAAGGUGGUGGAGAAAGCCAGGAAGCUGAGGUGGGGGGCAGAGGGCAGCAUGUGCCAGAGGCACAAGGAGAGGCUCAAGCUGUACUGCGAGGAGGAUCAGGCCCUGAUCCGCGUGGUGUGUGACAGAUCGAAGGAGCACAGGGCUCACAGGGUGGCUCCCCUCGAGGAGGCCACCCAGGAGUACAAGGGCCAAUUUCAAAGGCACCUGCAGAUUCUGAAAGAUGAGAGCUUCAGCCAGGAGGCCUUCACCAUCAGCGAAGGGAGAAGGCUGGAUAUGCUGCUGGUAAGUUCUCUUUCCCCAUCCCCUGGGCUUCCCUUGGGGUUCCCCUGCACUUUGCUGAUGCAACACCAUCUCAUGUCCCCCUCUAGUGGCUGGUCCUCAUGGGACUGUUGUUCUGUAUAUAGACUGGCUCUGAAAGGAAAGGGGGCUGUUGUGUUGUGUAUGGACUUACUUCAAUUCUCCCCUGCCCCUGCAGAGAUCCUGACCCUGGAUGCCGCCUCUGGUCACCCUGGCCUGGUGGUGUCCCCAGACCGGCACAGCGUGUGGCAUGGGAACAGCUGGGGCUGCCCGCCCAGCGACCACCGCAGAUUCUUCCCGGCCCCCUGCAUCCUGGGCUCUGAGGGCUUCUCCUCCGGCCGGCACCGCUGGGAGGUGGAGGUGGGGGGCGAGGAUGGCUGGGCGGUGGGGGUGGCGAGGGAGUCCGUGAGCAGGAGGGACCCCACGGAGCUGCAGCCCCAGCACGGGGUGUGGGCUGUGGAGCUGGGACGGUACGUGCUCUGUCCCCUGUUCCGAUGGUCACCAGCCCCGAGCCAAAGGCCCCACAGGAUCCAGGUUUGUCUGGACUACGAAGGGGGGCGGGUGGCAUUCUACGACGCUGAGAACCUGACCCCACUGUUCACUUUCACGGCCUCCUUCACCGAGAUGCUCUUCCCCUUCUUCUGGCUCUGGGCCCCCAGCACCCGCAUCACUCUGUGCCCCUGAGGGAGACAGAAAACCCACCCUGCCAGGACCACGGCCUGAGUGCUAGGUAACAGGGAUGCAUCCCAUACACCUGGCCCCACCAGUCAGGUUGCUAGGCGAGGGGGAUACAGACUGUAAACCCAGUCUGGUUGUUGGGCAAUGGGCUAGGGACACUUCAGAGCAUGGUUUUGUAUUCCUGCCCAUCCUGGCUAAUAGUCAUUGAUGGACCUAUCCUCCAUAAAGUUCUUAUUGGAACCCUGUUAUAGUCUUGGCCUUCACAACAUCCUGUGGCAAAGAGUUCCACAGGUUAACUGGGCGUUGUGUGACGAAAUACUUCCUUUUGUUUGUUUUGACCCUGCUGCUGCCUGUUAAUUUCAUUGGGUGACCCCUCAUUCUUGUAUAAUGUACUUCUGCAUGCUUAUCACUCCUAAAUCCUAAUCAGACUUAUAUUUCUGUGACCUUACAACUUAAAUCUACUUAGCAUACAUUAAUUAUAUGUAACAGUGUAUAAAUCAUAACAUCA